UGUGCAGAAACUGCAUUUGUGCAAGUGCAAUAAAAUAGGUAGUAUUUUAUCAAAACAACACUGCGUCGCCGCAGAAUGGGUAUUGAUUAAUUCAUAAUUUGAAUAAAUACCGUAAGCCCAGCAAAAUUUGUUUCAACUUUUCAAUUUUAAGUAAAUAUGUUGACAAAUAUUUUUAGUUUUCGAAUAUGUAUCGUUGUUUUUGUUGCAAUCAAAGUUUUUUCGGCCAGUAAAUGUGAUUAUGAUGUGAAAAUAGCUCAGAUACUCAUCAAUGAUGGAUAUCACAGGCAUCAUUACAGGAACCUAACCUACCACAUAAUUUUCAAUGAGGAUUCAGAGUCAAAAGGUAUAUACAAUGGAUGUAGAAUUGGCCUCGACCAGUACCUGCCUGCUGGGGUGUUUGUUAAUCCGAAUGAACUGAAUGAGUUCAAUCGUCUGGAAAGGUUGAAUGCAUUUCCGAGGGGUCGGGUCAACAUAGAGCUGCCAACUGAAGAAGCAGAACCUAUAAAUGUGUUCAUUAUAAGUGAAUUGACUGAUGAUGAAAUACAAAUGUGGCUACCCGUUCAUGCUCGAUAUCAUGAAUCUGUAUCUGGUGGAGGGAUGGUACAGUAUGACAUAGGACCCCCGAAAAUGUACCUAUAUUGUGCUGAUCGUAGACUGGACGUGUGCGACCGCAGUGUGUCACCAUCAGUCACUUUGACAUGUAACGGUGGUGUCAAGAUGUGCUCGUGGAGAGAUAUACCUUACACUGUGUUGACAGAUCCUCUCGUGUGGCGCGUUCCAGUCGGGAACUCCAACCACUUCUACAUCAUCGGCAUAGGUACAGCAUUCGCCAUAAUGGUCGGCACCACAAUGGUGAUCAGAGCGAUGCAUGACCACAUUUUGAAGCACCGACGUCUGAUUAUACGAUGAUUUUGUGGGCGUGUCACAAUGCGAAGGGCGGACGAUGCUUGAAGCUCGCCACCACGUUCUGUUGUUAGUAUGUUAAAAUAUAGAAUGUAUUUGACCUGCCAAUGAAGACCCCACAUGUUAGCUACUUAAGUUACUGGACACGUCAAUUAUUUUUUUUUAUUUAUUUAUGUACACACAAAAAAAAGACAGUACA